AUGACAAAGAAAUAAGCCAAUAAGAAGCAAACAUUAAAAGUUAAACAGAAAAUAGAGAGAAGGACAACCAGAUCAACUUAGAUUACUGUAGAGGCCAAGGCUUUGGUGAAGAAAACAAAUACUGGAACGAAAAUUAAGCAAACUCAAAAGAAAAUUUUAGCAAAGUCAAAGCCUAAAUAAAAGCUACCAAUCAGAAAAGUUGCAACUGGUCAGAUAAAUAAAAGAGUCUUGCAAAACAAAUAGAAUCCAAAGGUUAAGACGAAGAAGGCUGCGAAAACUAAGGUAAUCAAGAAGCCAAAGGCACCCAAAAGAAAAUAACUCGUAGUGGUUAAUGAAGCAAAGCAAAAAAGACUUGAGGAAAAAAUAAUGAAGUAAGCCCAAAGGGAUGCUUUAAAGUAAUAAAAGAUGGCAGCUAAAUUAAACAAAGCUAAAAAUUUCGCUAUUGAACCAAGGCCUGAUUUGCCUGAGAUCUAGGUUAAUCCAAUUCUGACCCCUCCUGAAAAUAUUUAAGGGUUAAAUGAUGCGAAGAAAGGUAAAAAGAUUGAAGCAAAGCCAAAUAGAUUAUAUGAUCUUGCUGAUUGUUGUAUCUUUUGUAAUAACCGAGAGAUAAUAUAAUGCGUCAGAUAUGGCGAUAUUGAGGGAUUUAAGAAACUUUUGUAUUAAGUUGACAGAAUCAGUAACCCGUUUUAAAGCUACUCUAUAGAUUGUCAAACAAACAUAUUUAAGGAAGCAGUAGAGUCUAGAAAUGAGGAAAUAUUGGGAAUCUUCCUAGAUUUCAUUAAGUAGCAGGAGACAAAUCCAUUACAAAGAGUUAAAUUACCCUCAGUAAAUCUUGAUUACAUGGGUUCAGGAACCCCUAAUAAACUUCAGUUCUAUUUCCCAAUUAGACAUGUCAAUCUCAGCAGAGGAGGCAAAGAAGGGAAUAACGCUUUUACUCAUGAUAAAAAACUGAGAAAGUAUGUACAAAUCGACUUCAAUGAUAUACUUACAAUGAAUCUCUCAAGACUAAGAGGUGGUAACUUUGAAUUAGUAAAGUUUAUUAUUGAGAAAGCUAGUAAUUUCUAUGGACUAGGAAUGAAUGCACUUCAUAAAGCUGCUCUCUUGUAAGGAGAUAAUGCAAUAAAUGUAAAGGGAAUUUUGAAAUCUCGACUACAGAAAAAACUCUAGGAUUAGUUAUAAAUAACUCCAAUGCAUAUUGCUGCUGUUAACCCUGAUCCAACUAUUUUUAAAGCUUUCUAUAAAUUUCAUCCAUCAUCAAACAUAAGUGAUUUAGAAUAAAGAGAUGUUGCGCAUUAUGCUGCUGCAAAUCAAUGUUCUGACACAUUAGAAUUCUUAAUUCAAAAGAGAUGCGAUGUUAACAAUUCUGAUAUUGAUGGCAACACUCCAUUAAUAAUUGCCUCAACUCUUGGAAGACUUGAUAAUGUCAAAGUAUUGAUUUAAGAGCAACAAAGAUUAAUAUCUACACUAGACCAGGAAGCAGAUGACUAUAUAUAAAGUGCAGCAUUUAACAAUUUCGCAAAUCAUCAAGGAAAGGGAAAGAAUACUCCAUUACAUUUUGCUUCGAGCAAAGGUCAUUUGGAGAUUGUCAAAGUGCUGAUUGAGGAAGGUAACUCUUAAGUAGAUCAGAAAAAUACAAAAUGCCAAACCUCUCUAUGUUUAGCUGCCUAAUAAGGUCAUCUAAAAGUAGUUGAAUAUUUGGUAUCCAAAGGAGCAAACUUGCAUGGUCUAGAUAAGCAAGGAAAGUCACCACUGAUUCAUGCAAUAAUUAAUGGUCAUCUCCAUAUAGUAAGUUUUUUGCUAAGAUAAGGUGUCAGCCCUAAUUACAAGGAUGCUUCUGAAAAUAGUAUUUUGCAUUAUGCUUGUGCUUAUGGAUGGAUAAACAUUGUGAGAUACUUGGUUGAUGCAGGUGCAGAUCCUAACUCCACUAAUGAGUGGAAGAUGUAUCCAGUUCUGGUGGCUAUGCUCAAAGGUCAUUUUGGAAUCGUUGACUAUAUGAUAAAUUUAAAAAAUUUAGAUGCAUCUUUCCAAGAUGAUACAGGGAAAACAUUAAUUUCAUAGCUUUGUAUAAACAUCAAUGAAGAAACAGCUAAUAAUCUUAAAUUUUUACUAUAAAAAGGUAAAAUUGAUCCAACUUUAGUAGACUCCUAGGGAUUCUCUCCACUUCAUCACUUAGCUGUAAAUAAUUUAUCUAGCAUAACUACAGAAUUAAUUAAAAACAAAGCUCCUUAGACAAAACAAAAGGCUCGGUAUAUCAUUAAAAACGGAAAGAAAAUAAAAAAAUCUUCCCAUAAUAGAUAUAGAGGACAUAUUUAUGGGCAACUUGUAUAUCCUGGUUAUUUCCCUGAAGAAAAAGAUCGAAAGGAGUAUUAGAUCAAGCUGGCUGAGCUUUAAGAAGUGAUGAUCUAAUGUGCAGAACUACUCGCAAAGGCAGGAGUCUCAGUAUCUUAAUAAGCAUAAUUAGGCAAUAUUACUCCAACCUACCAAGCUAUUGCCAAUGGCAAUCUUUAACUAGCCUAGUGGUUAUUGUCAAAAGACCCAAAUGCAAUUCAAGGUAUUACAGAGAGGUAGCAGUUGAAUAUUCUUCAUAUUGCUGCACUUGAUCCUUUUAGUUCAGACAUUAACAUUCUAAACUUUCUUUUGAAGGGAAACAAAAACGAGCUCAUUAAAAUGUCAUUAGACUAUAAUGGAGAGGGACUAUAGCCUUAUCAUAAUUACUUUGUGUCUGCAAGAGAUUUUAUUAAGAGAAUGACUGCUUACAUGCAAAAUGAAGAGUAAAAGAAAUACAUUCGGACACACAUAAUUUCUAAUAUUCAAAAAGUAUUGACUGAAGUCACUUAAAUUUAUGCUAAUGAACUCAACUAUGAUAUAACUUCAUAUACAGGAGUUGUGAGUGAAAGAAUGGAUAAAUUAGCAUUACUUUUAAAAAAUAAGGUUAUUGACUAGGAUGAAUUUGAUAGGAUAAAGUUCAUGCGCUUCUAUGAAUUGUAACUCAAUCCUAAAUCUGAGGAUAUUUAGAUGAAAGAUGCUCAUCAAGUUUAAAAGGAAAAAGAUUUUACUAAGAACGACUUGCUUGAUAAAGUUAAGGACAAAGAGGAGGCUAUUGGUCUAUAUUAAUUCAAAGAGAAAAACUAUACUAUGAAUUUCAAUCAUCAACUCAUGUAUGAAAGAAGCCACAGAUACACAAAAAUAGUCGAGGAUACUCAAGAAUGGGAAUUGAAUCCGAUCGACUUUUACAUGGAUUUUAGAACAAUGGAUACAGUUUUAAAUUUGCUUUUGGACACCAUUGGAUCCUUAAAUGACAAAGAAGAUCAUAAACCUUUCCUUGAAAUUUAAAAGACAGUUUUAAAAACAGCUAAAAAAUAAGAAAAGAAAAAUAGUAAUGUCCCUAUGCAGUAUCGAGGAUUUAAUAAACCUAACCACUGUAAUCAAUCUGUUAUGGCAAAAGCAAUUAUAAAAAGUUAAUUAGAAUUCAUAAAAGUUUUGAUUGAGGCUGAUUGUUUAGACUACAAUCUUCAGUCCCCAAACAAGAAAUUAUCAAUCUUGCAUCAUUUGAGUGCAGUCUAAGAUAAAGAAAUUAUUGAGCAAGCUUUGAAAACUAAACGAAAGUUGUUUGUCAAUUAAAAAGAUGCUCAUGGAAAUACCCCUUUACAUUAUGCUGCUUUCUACCGUAAUCAAAAUUAUAUUAAACUGCUACUUGACCAUCUUUUAGCUGAACCAAACUCUUAAAAUAAUUAUGGCUACACACCAUUGCAUAUGAGUCUAUUUGCGUUCGAUGAAAGCAAAGAUCACACUCCUACUGUUGAGAAAGUUUUAAUGGAAUUUGGAGCUGAUUUGAAUAUCGAGGAUCAUAACAAGAGAACUCCGUUAUUCUUAUUGUUUUUCAAGCUAAAGCCUAUUUUAGUACAUGGUAACAAAGCAAAUGAUGAUCCUGCUAGUAUUACUAUAUUGCUAUGCAAAAGUGGAAAAAUUAAGGACAUCAAUCACAAAGAUAGAUUUUAAAACACAGCUUUGCAUUAUGCAUGCGCCAGAGGUUCAACUAUUUCUGCAUUGACACUAAUAAAUCUAGGGGCUAAUCUUGAUACUAAGAAUUACAUUAAUAAUACUCCAUUCUGUGAGGCUCUCUCUCAUAAUCAAUCAGAGUUAUGCAUAUUCCUAAUCUAAAAUGGUUGUAAUCUAGAUAUUGAAGUUUAAGAAACUGUCAAAAAGCCAUCAGAGAUAAAACUAGAUUAAAAAAUUAAGAAAAUGCUACCUCCUGCUGAACUCCUUAAGUAAAUUUUAAAUUCAAAAGAAGAAUAUUAAUCAGACUUUGAUUUUAUUUAGAAAAAUUACAGUUUCAAGAAGCAUACCCCAAUUCACUAUGCCUUUAAACAUAACUAAAACGGAAUGAGUUAUCUCUUACUCUCUAAGAAUGUCGAUAUGUUUUAAGUUUUAAGAGAUAGCUUACUUAAUCAAAAGUAUGAGAAGUUUGUUUACUAUCUAGAAAACUCUGACAACGUGAAUAUUAAGUAAACUGAUGAAAAAGGUCGUAACUUACUUUAAAUCUAUAUUAAAAAUAUUUGCGGAGCACUUACUCCAAGAUAAGAAGAAAUAAAAAAUCUUUUAAUCAAGGAUUACAAGAUGUCUUUGCUGAUAUAGGAUAAAAAAGGAAAAAAUAUUCUUCAUCAUUGCAACGAAAAUAUUGAUAAAUUUAAAUCGAUUUGGAAUAACUUGUCCUAAUAAAAUAAAGAUUUAUUACUGACACAAAAAGAAAACAAGAGAUAAGCUAAUCCAAUUGUACAUCUUUUCCUAAAAUAAGAUAUCUUUUCCUUUAAUCAAGCAUAAAAUUUAGACUUCUUUAAAAGUAUUCCUUGGGCAAAACUUGAUCUCACUUAUACAGCUUUGAACAAAAAUGACUUUAAAAAAAAAGAUGUUAACUACAUUUUCAUAAGUGAUUAAUAUCCUAUAGAUGAACCUUAGGAUCCUUAUUAAACCAAUCUCGCAUUUCAAAUAGUGAAAUAAAUUAAAUAAAGUAACAACUAAUCAACUUAAAUAAAAGUUGAGAUCUUGCAGCUAUUGAUAAAAUCAGGUAUUAAUUUCAACGUAGAGAGAUAAUUCAAAAACUAGACAGUAUUUCAAUAUUGUAUACUUAUAAAUGCUUUGGAUGUUAUUAAAGCCCUAUUAGGCUAUGAAUAUAUUGAUGGCUAAUUUACUCUAAAGGAUAAUGUGAAGCCUUAUGUAAAUCUUAAAGCGGAUAGUGAUGGCAAAAAUUAUUUGAUUCAUGCUAUUAAACCUUUCAAAUAAGGAACUCUUUAAAAUAUUCAAGUAAUAGACUUACUUUUGAAAGCCAAAAUUGACCCUCUUCAAAAAGAUAAAUAGGGAUUAAAUGCUUUUGAUUACGCCAGCAGCAAUUAAUCAGUUUAUGAGUUGCUACUUUAGCAUUAUCCAAACGGUAAACCAAACAAAAAGUAAACUAAUUUUAUGAAGCAAGGACUUCAGAUUGAGACUUUAAUUGAUUAGAAGGGUGAUCAUAUUAUUUAUGCCAACUAGAAGUAUUAAUAUGAAGAGGACGCUGAAAAAUAUUUGGAAUAAAUUAAAGCUAAAUAACUUGAUAAGCAAAUGAAUGUGGACUAAAACAAUCAAUAAGACAAAGAUAGAUUCUUCUUAGAACCUGAUGAAACAGGUAAAUUUGAAAAUUGUGAUGUCGUAAAAGAUGAUAGUACAGAUAAAUUCUUUGAUGUAGCCUUGACUAAAAUAGAUGUAAAGAAAUAGUUUUAUGGCAUAUGCAACUUUUAUGUAAUCCAAAUUCUGAGGGAUAAAGUAAAGCAGAUAUAUAUUUUAUGGACAAGAUGGGGAAGAAUAGGAGAUACUGGUUAAUACCAAAGAACUCCUUACAAGACUCUAGAAGAAGCAACAAAGGAAUUCAAAAAGGUAUUUAAACAAAAAACUGGCAAUGCUUGGCAAGAUUUUGAUAAUAGUUAUCAACCUAUAAAAUUAAAGUAUAAGGUCAAAAGAAUUAGUGGAAAAAUCAUUUAUCACAGGAAGCAGGAUAAUAGUAUUCAUUAUUCCUUAAGAUAAAUUUAAGAUUAAGACUGGAUUGUAAUUCCAGAUACUCUCUAGUCAGUACCAUCAAAACUAACAGAAGAUUAAUUGAAGUUUAUCAAACCAUUGGUUGACUAAACAGUUAAGGUUAAAUCUUUUAGAAAAGAAUAGUAAAAUAAUAAUCAAAAAGUAAGCAAUCUCUUCUAAGAAGUAUUCUUAGAUAGAGAGGCUCUCAAUGAGAUGAAGAAUACUUUAGAAAAGAUGCAUGAGCUUAUAAAAGAAAAAGAGAAAGUUUAAAGAUCAAGAAACUUUGCUGAAUUCUAAGCAUUAGAAGAAGAACUAUUUGAACUUUCCAAUUAGUACUAUGAGAUAUGUUGUCCAACAUUAUUUGCUUAGCAGAAAGCCUCAAGCAUAUAAUGGAUUCAUAAUGUGUUAUCCUAAUUUAAGGUAGUAUAACAGCUCUAUGACAUUGAACAUGUGUCCAAAUUACUGUUUGCUGCUGCUUAUCGGUCAAAAGAGAUUAAUCCAUAUGAUUACUGCUUCCAAUACAUGAAUGUUAAGCUAGAAUCUUUGGAUUACAAAAGUGAUGAGUAUAAGCUGUUAGCCAAGUAUAUUAAUAAUUCUCUAGGUGAUCGUGAUCUAAAUACUGAUUUCUUGGCUAUAGAAAAUAUUUUCUCGGCAAAGCCAAAAAAUGUAGAAAAGUUCUCAAAGAUAUAAUAAGAUGAUUCAGACAAAACAUUCAAUUCAAUUCAUAAUCAUAUCUUAUUGUUCCACGGUACCAACAAUGCUAAUAUUUUGAACAUCAUUGAGUAAGGACUUUUGAUUAGACCCAUCUAAUCAGUAACUGCUAAUGGUUAAUCAUUGGGUGCAGGCAUCUAUUUGGCUGACAAGGCCAGUAAAUCCCUUGGUGUAAGUUUGUUUUAGCUAACUUUAUAGUAUUGUGAAAUGAAUGAUGAUCAUGCUUAUCUAUUGAUAGUUGAAGCUGCUCUUGGCAAUGUCCUUAACAUUUAAGCUUACUAUAGCUAUGAAAAAGAUAAGCUUCCAAUGGGGUAUCAUAGUGUGAGAGCUAUGGGUAGCAUUGGACCUGACUUCAAUUAAAACCUAGUCAGAGAAGAUGGAGUAAUAAUACCAAUCGGGAAAGUCGCAAUUUAUGAAAGUCCAGUCUUCAAAAUCAAGGAGAAGUGCCUUUCGAAUGUUCAAGAAGCAUUGGACUAUCAAGAUAAAUUACUUGAAGAAAAGAAAAAGUAAGAAAAAGAGGCAGAAGAGGAAAAAAAAGAGCUCAUUAAUAAUAAUCAGAAAAAUGUAAAGGGCAAAGGCAAGGCCAAAUAAAAUAGUAAAAAGGAGGAGGUAAAAGGCAAGAAGCAGCAAGAUGAGGAUGUAGUGAUGAUUGAUACAUCCACUAAGAAAAAAGGUGAAGAAGCUGCUGAUGCUGGAAAUCAGUAAAAUGCUCAAGCAGCUAUUGCUAAGCCAAAGGAACAGAGGAAUGUAGUUGAAGCAUAUUUAGAUGAUCCUAGCAAGAGAGAGCAUAGAAUUCAACCCAACUUGGUGAGUUAUAGAGAGAUUAGAAAUGACUAUGAAAGAUAAUAAUCUAUGAACUACUACUUUACCGACUCUGAAUAUGUCAUUUACAAUCCUGACUAGAUUAGAGUCAGAUAUAUUGUUCAGAUCAACACAUACAAGAAGAAUGGGGAGAAACCAAUUAAGACUUUUGAGGACUCUCUUGAAUGA